UGACUACCAGUCCGCCCACCCCUGGGGUUCCACUUCCACCAAGAUUCCACCAAGAGAGAGGAAAGGGGAUCGGGAGUCAGUUAUGCGCCGCCGCCUGUCGUCCACCGAUCUCCCCCAUCGCGCCGUCGUCGUCGCCGUCGCCGUCGGAUGCCUCGAAUGAGGAUCCACCGGUGCUUGAGCAGAGGCGACCAAAUAAGCAGCUCCCAAAGGGGAGCUGCACUCCCCAAUCGAAGCAGCGGCAGCUCCAUUCCGAGCUGCGACCGGCAAUUGAAGCAAUCGAAGCGGCUCCCUUUCUUAGCGGCGAUCCGGAAUCAAAGCAGUCCAUUACAAUCAGAAACAGGCCCCAUUUCGAAUUCAGUCUCCGAGUUUCCAUUGGUGGCGGGAACCCAGCAGCUAUAUAUACUAUCUGGCCGGACGGCACCGCAGCACCGCCAGUUUUCGAAGGAGACCAACUCACGGCAACUCGUGAGCCUUCAGCUUGCCGAAUUUCGGAGGGGACGAGCAAACUCCCGUGGCAUCCGGCGAUGUCGAGCUCUCUUCGCCGGCGACCGGCUGCAAGACCGACGGCCAAGCCAUCCGCCAAGGGCCGCCUCAACAGCUCUAACCGAUGGUCCUCUCUAGCCAAUCUGGGAGAAGAGGAAGGGCAUCAUCAGGAUGAUCGGCUCAGCAGUUUGCCUAAUGAUUUGUUGCUUAAUAUCAUAGAGCGACUUGAUACCACAGAUGCCGCAAGAACCGGCAUCCUUUCCAGACGGUGGAAGCCAAUCCCUGCUAUGCUCUCCAAAAUUUGUCUGACGGUUGGUUCCUCGGACUGUGACUAUGACAGGUCAAAGUUGACCUGUGACCAUGUAGUUCGGGCCAAUGCCAACAUGCUUCAAGCAACCAGGAACUUGCUGGAAAGCAGGACAAGCCUAUACCCCAUUCAUCUCCUGCGCUUGCAGUUUUUCUUGGGAGAUGAAUCCGAUAGCAUUGGCCGGGCUGUUGCCAACACCAUAUCAACAAAAAAGGUUGGAUCUGUCGAGUUAACUCUCCUCACAAAGAAGGGAGGCAGCCAAUGCUCCCCUGCCGAUUUCCUCACUCACGGGAAACAGCUCAAGUCAUUUGUUGAUGCUUGUCCUAACACAUUCGGUGGUCUUUCACGACUGAGCCUAGAGAAUUUAAGGCUAGGUGAAUCAGAUUUCCCUAAAAUUUUCAGCAUAUCCAAGCGAUUGGAGUUCCUCCGCUUGUGCAACUGUGACAUGGGACUGCUGUCUUUGCUAGAAGUGGAACACCCGCAACUCCGUGAACUUGAGAUUCUCAAGAGUGAUUUUGAGAGAGUUGAUCUGAAUUGGCUGCCGAAGCUCACAACAUUAUCUUUUGCAUGUUGGAUAUCUAAGCAUGAUCCUUUGUCUUUUGGUUAUGUCCCAUUGCUCCAGACCUUGAAUAUCAGUAAUACCGCUCUUUCAUAUCAUAAGAUGCUCAAGCUAAGUGAGUUACUUGGCAAAGCCGCUAUAAGGGACCUGCAUUUGAACUUUGAAAGCGAAAAGAUUUGGGUUAAACCGGAAGGUCCAAGAGAAUUAUCUCAGGUGUUCGACAAACUAAGGCUUGUGAGUUUGGCUGACAUUUCAGAAGAGUGUGAUCUGACUUGGACAAUGUUCGUUCUUCAAGGCGCACCCUCCCUUCAGGAGCUAUCCAUCAAGGUGUGGGAUCAUCUAUGUGAUAUGGUCGAGGAUGAGGAGCUUAGGAAGAGGCUCAAGUAUACCGAGGUGAAGAAGGAUGCGUGUGCACAGUGGGAAGCACCUGCAUCGGGUUUCAAGCACCACAAUCUGACUGUGCUGAGGAUCUUUGGGUUUCAGUCAGAGGACAAAUUUGUGGAUUAUAUCGCGGGUGUGAUAGAAGCAUCCGUCAGUCUUGAGGACAUAUACUUGUAUGAGAAGCCAGCAUGUGAGACAUGUAAGCGCAAUACCAAGGACAGGUACCCACGGACAAACAAGGAGAGGAUUGCGCUUAGGAACAUAUUCAACUGGGAGAUGUCCUCCUUUGCAAGGAUUCACUUUCCGAGUUCAAGAAACUGAAGAUUUCGUCAUAGGCACGCAAGUGUUUGUUUAGUCGUGUAACUUGUUGGCAUAUUCGGCAAUCAAAUUUGUACUACUACUGAAGAAUGCCAAGAAACCAUGGUAGUAGGGGAAGAACGUUUUAGUACUGUAAGCCAGUGUUUGCUGAAGUUGUUUAGUUUGUUGUUACUGGAAUUAAUAUGUAAUCUGAUAUCAUAGUUUUUCCCUA